GUGAAGUGCCCACAAGAGGCAGGGAGAGGACAAGUGUGAGGGACAACAAGCGAUCAAGAGCCAGGCAGGCAGGCAGGAGAGAGUUACGCUGCUUGUUAUUCCGGAGAAUGGACUUAUUCAGCUGAGACUUCAUUGAAGAAGGAAACCAUACCAGAGUUGUGGUACUGUGCUAUGACCAAGUGCAGUAAGAAGGAUGUCUACAGUGUCUACCACUGAUAAUGAUUAUGGAGAAAGAUUUUUUCUGCACAUACCGACCUCACUGGUUGAUCAGAACAGGACUCAACCAGACAGCAGGCUUUGGAAAGACCAAGACAUUGGGAGGAAAGCAAGAUCUCAGCACAAUUACUCGGGGUCCCAUGACGGAGCAGCUCACAGCUACUGGAAUGGAAGUGUGAAAAUAGAAAACAGCCUCUUCUUUUCAACCAGCCCAAACCUGGCAGAGCAGCAUGUGGCGAAGCGGAAGAAAGGGCCUGCCCCGAAGAUGCUGGGGAAUGAGCUGUGCAGCGUGUGUGGGGACAAGGCCUCCGGCUUCCACUACAAUGUGCUGAGCUGCGAGGGCUGCAAGGGCUUCUUUAGACGGAGCGUGAUCAAGAGCGCACAGUAUUCCUGCAAGAACGGUGGCCAGUGCGAAAUGGAUUUGUACAUGCGCAGGAAGUGUCAGGAUUGUCGGCUCCGGAAAUGUCAGCAAGCGGGAAUGUUGGAACAAUGUGUCCUGUCAGAAGAACAGAUUCGACGGAAGAAGAUGAAGAAGCUGGAGGAAGAAGUGCUGAAAGCAGUGAAGGUGACCCCAGGUUCUCUGUCUGGCUGGGACAUUCCAAUACUCAAUGUGGCACAAGUUGAGAUGAUCAGCAGACUGGUCACUGCACAACGACAGUGCAACACGCGUUCCUUUAGUGACCGACUGAAAGUGACUCCAUGGCCAUGGAGUGUCGAUUCCCACAGUCGUGAGACGAGGCAGCAGAGAUUUGCACACUUCACAGAACUCGCAAUCAUCUCAGUCCAGGAAUUGGUUGACUUUGCAAAACAGGUGCCAGGAUUCCUUGACCUCACCCGUGAAGAUCAGAUCGCUCUGCUCAAGACGUCCACUAUUGAGAUAAUGUUGCUGGAAACCUCACGAAGGUAUAACCCUGCGAUAGAGUCCAUAACCUUUCUGAAGGAUUUCAGUUAUAGCCGAGAAGACUUCGCCAGGGCAGGACUACAGUUUGAAUUUAUCAAUCCCAUCUUUGAGUUCUCAAGAUGUAUGAAUGACCUACAUUUGGAUGAUGCUGAAUAUGCUCUUCUAAUCGCCAUCAAUCUCUUUUCAGCAGACCGCCCGAACGUUAAUGACCAUGAACUAGUGGAAAGGCUACGGCAGCCUUACGUUGAGGCUCUCCGCUCCUACACACAGAUAAAACGACCGGAUGACCGCCUGAUGUUCCCACGGAUGUUGAUGAAACUGGUCUGCCUGCGCACUCUGAGCAGCGUCCAUUCGGAGCAAGUUUUUGCACUACGGCUGCAGGAUAAAAAAUUGCCCCCCCUCCUGUCAGAAAUCUGGGACAUGCAGGAAUGACUGUGAGACUGACCUCGAGGGACCCAUCUCACUCAGCCAGGGAAGCAAUGCCAGGGGUGCGUGGGGUAAGGGGUCAACUCACAGGGAAGAUACAAAGAGCACCAACUACAAUUAUCAAUGCAACGGUCUUACCGAGCUGAGAGAUGCUUUCAAAUGAUUUUUUAUGUGGGAUACAGAGAUGCAAUUUGCUAUGCUUUGAUAUAACUCAUUAGAUGAUUGGUCUAUUUUCCCCAUGUUGUUGUCAGACUGCACAGGGGCCCACAGAAGCAGGUGAGGGUCUAGCAGGCAGUGGCAAGAUAGAGCAUAGAGUCAGCUGCACCCGUCUUUGUGCCACAGCCAGAGGCUGGCUUUGGAAAUGCACUUUACUGAUCACUGGAUGGCACUGGAAAGCCAUAAGGGAUCUGCAGGUGAAUGACAAGGAUCACGGACAUACUCGACCAGAAACCAUCAUCUUUCAACUAAUGCACUAAAAGCAAACUAACUCCUGCACCACGAUAUCUGUCUGUCAUGUUAUUGAAUCCGGGCUGGUAUUUAUUUGGGGUCAUUCUCAGUCGGUUCUUGUGGAAUCAGUCACUUCAGGACAUUAAUUACUUUCACAAACUGAUUGAAUCAUAGAGUCAGAGAAAAGGGUCCUUAUGCAUGCUAACUGCCUAUCUUCCUUCUCUCCAGAGAUGCUGCCUGUCCCGCUGAAUUACUCCAGCAUUUUGUGUCAAUCUUCGGUGUAAACCAGCAUCUGCAGUUCAUUCCUACACAUACCUAUCCAACGCACAGGACUGGCUCCAUACCAUAUGUGAUUAGUACCUAUUUAACAUACAGGGUUCGUCACUCUCAGAUUGAUGUCUGUUCCUACCAGGAGUAGGUUAUUCCUAGUCAGAUUUUUUACACGAUUGUUCUCAAACUGAGUCAUAGAAUCACACAGAACCUAUCGCACAACUCUUCCAUACCAGCAACUGUCUUCCUGAGAAGUCCCAUUUACUUACAUUUGACCUCUAUCAUUCCAAACUUUUUCCAUCUAUGUAUCUAUCUAAAUGUCUUUUAAACUUGUAGUUGUACCUGCCUCUACCACUUCCUCUGGCAGCUCGUCCCACAUACCCAUCACCCUCAGU